AUGGGGAAGGGUAAAGCGAAGGUCGUCCCUCAGGAGAGGAGGGACUUCAGGUCGGAACGAUUUAACAACAGUAACAGGCUGAGAAGGGACUAUAUAGAGCAGCCCGGGUCUACUGGGGCUCAGGCAGUCCAUGCUGUGUUCCGAGAACCUCUUCACAAAAUCCUAGAGAAGGUGAAGUAUAAACCUUUCUUUCAGUGGCCGAACAAGAUGGCUGGUGAUCCUUUGAAGCACAAUCAGAACCUGUAUUGCGCGUACCAUCAGGAGCCAGGUCACACCACUGAUGAUUGCAGGAACCUGAAGAACCAUUUAGACCGACUCGUCCGAGAAGGGAAGCUGAGACAUCUGCUGCAUCGCCCUGAAGGAUGGCAGGAACCAUCAAACAAUGAAACCAGAAAAAGUACGUUGAGGCCACCCAUUGGCACAAUUAAUGUCAUUCUCGCCGCACCUAGAAGAACAGGCUCUAUCCCCUUCAGGGUAAUGUCAGUGAGCAGUUUCCCGACUAAGCCAGACGACAGGGAAUCCAAGAGAGCUAGAAUGAGUGUCACGCCAUUAAUCGGGUUCACGGAGGAAGACAAACAAGGAACUAUUCAACCCCAUGACGAUGCCCUAGUCGUCACGCUCAGAAUAGGAGGUUAUGAUAUGAAGAGGGUGUUAGUUGAUCAAGGCAGCGCCGUGGAGGUAAUGUACCCUGAUUUGUAUAAGGGGCUGAACUUGAAGCAGGAAGACUUAUCGCCAUACGAUUCCCCCCUGGUCAGCUUUGAAGGAAAAAUCGUCAUCCCGAGAGGCAUGAUUAGGUUGCCAUGGCUUCAUGCAUUAGGGGCUGUGUCGUCAACCUUGCACCAAAAAGUGAAUGGAGGAUCGGCCAUGGAGGUGAACUGUGAGGAGUUGGAGAAAGUACUUGUCGGAUCUGACCCUGAGAGGUUUUUUCAAAUUGGUUCGGAAUUACCGCCCCAGGAGAAGUCAGCACUGAUUGCUUUUCUCCGACAGAAUGUAGAUGUGUUUGCUUGGGACCCCUAUGAGGCCCCCGGGGUCGACCCACAUUUCAUCUGUCACCACCUUAAUGGUUACCACCAGAUACCCUUGGCUGCCGAAGACCAGGAGAAGACUGCUUUCGUCACCCUAGUUGGGAAUUAUCAUUAUAAGGUGAUGCCUUUCGGCCUGAAAAAUGCCAGGUCAACCUAUCAAAGGAUGAUGACCAGGAUGUUUGAACAGCAGAUGGGUAAAAGUGUUGAAGUGUACAUAGACGACAUGGUGGUUAAAAGCAAGUUAGUUCCUGACCAUAUUGAAGACCUCGGCAACAUUUUUCAAAUACUGAGAAAUUACAAGCUACGACUGAACGCAACCAAAUGUUCAUUUGGAGUGGGAUCAGGGAAAUUCUUGGGUUAUAUGGUGACUCACAGAGGCAUAGAGGUUAACCCUGACCAAAUAAGAGCUAUCGAUAGCUUGCAGCCUCCUCGGAACCCUAAAGAGCUAAAGGAAUACCUCGCCCAACCACCAAUCAUGUCCAGUCCCGAUGCCGACGAGGUUUUGUUUGCCUACAUCGCAGUAGCCCCACAUGCAGUAAGCUUGGUGCUAAUCCGAGAAGACAACGGCAUACAGCGGCCAGUCUAUUACGUUAGCAAAUCACUGCAGGAGGCAGAAACCCGUUAUCUUCCCCUCGAAAAGGUCCUCGCCGACCUAGUGGCAGAAUUCGCUGAGCCCACACUAGAAGGAAAAGAAGUGUCGGUAUUACUGGGGGCUGAUGAGAAGGUGAUCAGCACAGUUUCUCCUCAUGGACACAAUUGGUGGAAAGCAUACAUUGAUGGCGCAGCGAAUCAAAGGGGCUCAGGGGUAGGACUUGUCCUGCUCUCACCUGAAGGGAUAACCAUAGAGAAGUCAUUGAGACUAGGAUUUUCAGCCACGAAUAAUGAAGCUGAAUAUGAGGCGCUAUUGGAAGGAAUGUGGAUGAUCUGGAAAAUGGGGGGGGAAUCCGCGGACAUGUUCUCGGAUUCGAGACUCAUCGUGGGGCAGGUAAAUGGAGACAUGGAGGCAAAGGACGAAAGAAUGCAAGAGUAUCUGGUUCAGGUUAAGCACUUACAAACCCAUUUUCAUCACUUUCACUUAACUCACGUACCCAGAAGUGGGAACACUCAUGCUGAUUCUCUCGCGACGUUGGCUACCUCCUCGGCUCAGCCCCUCCCUCGAGUCAUUCCGGUAGAAGAGCUCGUCCGUCCGUUAACGGAGAAGGCCAACGGGAUUGGGGUACAUAACAUCAAGGCAGGACCGAGCUGGAUGGACCCUAUAGUGCUGUACUUAAGGCACGACACCUUGCCAGAUGAUAAGGUUGAGGCUGACAAGAUCAGGAGAAAGGCUACUUGA